AAGAAGUGGUGAAGGAGGAGGAGGAGGAGGUAGAAGAGGUAGAAGAGGUAGAGGAGGUAGAGGAGGCAGAGGAGUUAGAGGAGGAGGAGGAUGAUGAGAAGGAGGAGAGGGAGGAAUAGGAACACGAUGUCGGCGAAUUGGUGGAAGAUUGGUGGAGGGUCUGAGGGGGUACCAAUGGGGGGACCAGCGGGGGGUCGACGGGAGCGAUAUCGCGUGCGCGGGAGGGACGGGGGAUCGGGGAAGAGACGGGCCUCGAGUGGUGAGAGUCCGCAUUCCACAGACAAUGUCACGUUUUUUAAUCCCCGUUUUACUUUAUUCGUGCUAUCCUCAACGCCCGAGUAAACGUUCAAGAGGAUCGUUUUAAACUUCAUUUUCUACUUCCUUCCUAUAGCUGAGACUUCUAUUAACCAUUUGCGUAAACAAAGGAAGUAAAGGUCACCGAGGACUGUCCAAAAGCUAGCGUGCGAAGGCCAACUAACUACGUUUCCUUUUAAGAGGCGCGCCAAUUUUCGCGCCUUCCUUGUCAUAAGAAGAGAAAGAGAAAGGGGUUAGGGAGGUGGAAAGAAGAAGAAAGAAAGAAAAGCAAGCUAUAGAGGGAAAGAAGAAAGAAGGAGAGAGAAGAGACGCUCGCGAUCGUCUGUGCAAAGAAAAAGUGAAAAAUUAUCGAAAGUGAUAUGUCGGCCCUUGAAAGUGCAUUGGAUGUCCUAUCCAGAGCGGCAACGAUGGUGCAAGAAGGAGGACCAAAGUCAAUGGAUUUGCAUCGUAGGCAAAGCAGCACGAGGCGUAAAGAACGCCGAAUGGAUCCUAUUCAAAACGAAGCACUCGAUAUGUCUACUAAUAAAACCGUCACUACGACGUACCUCAGACCCAGUGUGAUUAUAUCUUCUACGUCGCAGCCUGUAAGGACAAAUAAUUGGGAUACGAUAAAUAGGUCUCAAUCAUCGUCGACGUCUGACACCGGUAAUGUUAGAAAAACGUGCAGUAUUUAUGAUUCUGCAAUAGACGAACACUUUAAACGAUCGUUAGGUCCAGAAAAAUAUGCGGCAGUUUUUCAUGCUACCGGAGCCGAUAAAGAAGUCGGUUUGAGCGUUGACGAUCACUUUGCAAAAUCGUUGGGUGAUAAAUGGACAACAUUGAAGGAACCAGUGGAUCCAAGGACCUCGUCUAAUCACGUUUCAGUUCCCUCGAGAGACAUCAAUUCGUUUCCUUCCUUUCACUGUUGCCCUUCUUGCGUUUUCCCCGAUAAAGUCGGGCCACCGUAAUGGAACUUCUUUGCUUUGAUUCAUUAUACGGAAGGGUAGAACUGUUAUACAUUACCCGUACACUAAAUAUUUUAGAGAAUGAAUUUUUCAUAUAGUGUAUAUAGUAGAAUAUUUUGAUAAGUCGCGUAUUUGUUGAAGUUAUUAUUUUCAUUGUUAACUCUCGUGCAAAAGUAAAAAAGUAUUUAUUAAACUUGUCGGUGAACGACUUGUAUAUGUAUUUAUGUAAAUAAUUGCAUAUAUUGCUCACGCACUUAGUGUAUAUCACAAUAUAUAUAUUCAAACGUGUACACACACACACACACACACAGAGAGAGAGAGAGCAUAUGCAUACACAUUUACACACAGAUACAUAACUCUGACAACGAAAAAAGUAGUAUAUAAAAGGAGCACUGCACAAUUAAACGUACAAAUAAUAUACGUUUUAUCCGUCGUUAGAUUAAACCACGAAUCGUAUGUUGGAGAGAUACAAUUUAGAAUAUACAAAAGAACAGUUUGUAUAUCUAUUGCUGACCUAUCAGGUAUUGUUCAAACAUUAAUCACGUUCGCGAUACAAAAUAAUGCUUCGUUAAUAGAUGCCGGAGGUUGUAGUUUUCUUCGUAAUACUUAAAAAUUUGUCGUUUAAACGUCGAAAAUGUAGAUUAUUUAAAAGGAGGAGUACUGAUUUCAAAUGGUGCUAGGAAGUCCGACACAAACCCCAGCACACAUAGAAGUCAGUGCUUCUGCCCUUUUAUCCUUUACGAUGUUAUAUCUUCCUCAUAAAGAUAUAUUUUUUCAUAAAAACAGUAAUUUCUAACGAAAUGACACACCUCACAAAUUCCAUAUCAUUUCCAUUUUAUAUCAUAACGCGAAAUAAAAGGAAAUGAUUGAAACGUUAUCGUCGUCGGGUUGUAUGUGAAUAAAUAAAUAAAUAUUCAUUUGAGUAGCUUUUAUAUA